AUGAUAAUUCCCAAUUGGAAUAAGAGAAUCUUGAAAUUUUCUAAUUUUAAGAACAAAAUUAAAGUUUCCUUUGUCAUUUACGCAGAUAUAGAAUGUCUCCUAUUAAAGUAUUCCGAUCCUACCAUUCCAACGGCGAACAUGAGAAAAAUUCAACAUCAUGUACCUUAUAGUGUAGCUUUUCUACUAAAAUGUUCAUAUGAUGAUUCAUUAACACAAUUUAAAAUUUAUACAGGAGAGGACUGUAUAUCCUGGUUUGUUAAAGAAUUAGGGUUAAUCAGUAAAAAACUGGAUGAUAUCUAUUCAAACGUUGUUCCAAUGACACCUUUGACAAAUCUAGAAGAAAAUCAAUUUUUAAAUGCAGAAUUAUGUUAUAUUUGCACACAACCCUUUUCAGAUGAUGAUAUUAAAUGCAAAGAUCAUUGCCACAGGACUGGAACCUAUAGGGGUCCUUCACAUCAAUGUUGCAAUUUACAGUUACGUGAAACUUUUAUGAUACCUAUAGUAUUUCAUAAUUUGGGAUAUGAUAGUCACUUCCUAAUUAAACAUUUAAAUACGGACAUUGAAGGAAAUUUUCAAAUAUUACCUCUAAAUAAAGAAAGAUAUAUUUCCUUUACAAAAUUUGUACAAGGUACUAAAUGCAGUUUACGAUUUAUCGAUUCCUAUAGAUUUAUGUCUGAAAGUAUCGAUAAGCUUGCCUCCUAUUUGACUACUUCUCAAAACAAAAUUUUAAAAUCGUUUUUCCCAAAUGAAAUCCAAUUUAAUUUGUUGACACGAAAAGGUGUUUUUCCUUAUGAGUAUUUAGAUUCUUGGGAGAAACUUAAAGAUGAAAAUUUACCUCCUAAAAAUGCUUUUUAUAGCACUCUUACUAAAACACAUAUUAGUGAUGAUGAUUACAAUCAUGCAUGCAACAUAUGGACAGAAUUUCAUAAUACGUUAAAAGAUUUUUCGGAAAUUUAUCUAACUACAGACGUAUUAUUAUUAGGUGAUAUUGUUGAAAAUUUUCGGAAAACUUCUUUAAAAACAUAUGGCUUAGAUCCUCUUCACUAUUACACAGCUCCAGGAUUAUCAUUUGAUGCAUGUCUGAAGAUUACUGGAGUAGAAAUUGAGUUAUUAGAUGACAUAGAUAAAGUAAUGUUUAUCGAACGAGGUCUACGAGGAGGAAUUUCACAAGUAUCCAAUAGAUAUGGCAAAGCAAAUAAUAAAUAUAUGAGUAAAGACUAUAAUGAACAAGAUCGUGAUUCCUACUUAAUAUAUUGGGAUUUUGUAAAUUUAUAUGGUACAAUAAUGUGUUUUUCUCUACCUUAUGGAGGUUUUGAAUGGAUAGAUCCUAAUGUGAUGUCAGAUAUUACAACCGUUGAUAAAAACUCUGAUAUCGGAUAUAUAUUAGAAUGUGACAUUAUUUAUUCAAAAGAACUAUUUAAUAUACACAAAGAUUUACCCUUAUGUCCUGAACAUCUAAUACCACCAAAAUCAAAAUCCAAAGUAACAAAAUUAUUAACAACUUUAUUUGAUAAAAAACACUAUAUAAUUCAUUACAGAGCUCUUCAACAAGCAGUAACACUAGGUUUAAAACUUGAUAAAAUUUACAGAGUCUUAAAAUUCAAUCAGGCACCUUGGGUGAAGAAAUAUGUUGAUCUAAAUACAGAACUUAGGAAAAAAAGUAAAAAUGAAUUUGAAUCAAAUAAUUACAAAAUGAUGACAAAUUCCUUCUUCGGUAAGACCUGUGAAAAUGUACGUAAAUACAAGGACUGUAAAUUACUAUCAAAGUGGGAAGGCCGUUAUGGUGUUCGAAAUUACAUUUCAAAACCCAAUUUUCAUAGUCUAUCUAUUAUUAAUGAAAAUCUUGUAGUUGUAGAAAUGAAGCGAACACAAAUAACAUUUAAUAAACCUCUUUUUAUAGGUUUUUCUAUUUUAGAUUUAUCUAAAGUUUGGUUGUACGACUUCCAUUAUAACUAUACUAAAAACAAAUUUGGAGAUAACGCAAAACUCCUUUAUUGUGACACUGACUCUUUAAUUUAUCAUAUUUUCGACGAAAAUGUAUAUGAGCAUAUGAGGGCUGAUAUAAAUAAGUUUGACACAUCAAAUUUUUCAGUAAAUAAUGCCUAUAACAUGCCACUAUGUAAUAAAAAAGUUUUAGGAUUAAUGAAAGAUGAAAAUGGUGGUCGAAUUAUGACUGAGUUUGUAGGUUUACGAUCAAAAAUGUAUGCAUUAAAAGUAUUAAAUGAAAAAGAAGAAUAUAGUAUUAAAAAAGCUAAAGGCAUAAAAAAAGUGAAUUAA